UUCUCGUUUGUGCUCCUGAAGAUUAUGAACUUCCUUAAAUGGAAAAGUGAACAUAUUUCUAUGAUUGAUGCGAUGCAGGGUCUGGAUUAUGGAACUGGUAUGGCAUUCAGUUAUUAUUACGGAUAUUUGAGACUUGUACUGCCUUCUACUGGUACUCUUCAUAAAGGUCUGGUAGAAAAAAUUGAGAACAUCGAAGAUAGCCAUAACAUAACGUUGGCUACUCACAAAUUAUUGAUUUUAAUUCCUUCGUCGUCAUAUAUUCCACCAGAUUUAAAAGAAGCUUCUUAUAAGUGGAUGGAAAGUGUAGUUGAGUUAGAAGAAGAACAACGCGAUCGAGCGGGAGUAAAGGGAAGGAAGUAUCGUAAUAAUGUGUAUAAAAUUUAUCAGAAUGGUGUGAGAUUAAAUUCCAAGCCUCUCUAUGUAGUGGCAGAGGGUGCUACACCUCUGGUAACAUUCUACGAAGUUCUAAAACAUAAUCAUACUGAGACGAAUGUCUACCAGAAGUAUAACAGAGAUAUUAUAAAAAGUUUCUAUAAAAAAUUGAAAUAUUUAAUAGAUAACGACCCAGAAUGUACAGAUAUCUGUGAAUUAAUUUAUUAUAAUGAUUAUAAUGAUAACGGUACCAAAGUUAAUGUUGCACAAGUUAUUAUAAACAGGUUAUCUCAAAUUUAUGGUCCAGAGCACACUUGA